AUGUCCUCACGACUGCCAACGGAAGGAGAGGCGGUGCGGCAGCGCAAGCAAGCACAAACACACGCGUCGCAGCAUGGAAGGCAGGAGAGCUCGGAAACGAUCGAGUUGAUCCCUUCCAUUGCACAUCCCUGCUCUAAGCAAGAUAUAAGCCUGCAUGCGAAAUCAAGUAUAGCUCUGUCAAAUAUGAACUAUAAUGGUGCUUUGUCGAAGCUUACUAAAGGAGACAAGCAGAAUAUAGCACUGCUGGUGUGUUUGUACUUACUUCAAGGUAUCCCCAUAGGCCUGGCUUUUGGGUCGGUCCCGUUCCUACUCAAACAGCACCUGUCCUUUAGUGAUAUAGCCAUCUUCAGCUUCGCACAGUAUCCAUAUAGUCUGAAAAUACUCUGGUCUCCGAUUGUGGACGCAGUAUACCUUGGUAAUAUAGGGAGGAGGAAAUCAUGGAUCAUCCCAGCACAAGUACUGUGUGGACUACUGUUCCUGACGAUCGGACAGAGCAUCGAUACGAUUAUUGUUGAUCCCGAGCUGGAUAUCUACUAUUUCACAUCCAUUUUCGUGCUGCUCAUAAUAUGCGCCGCCACUCAGGACAUUGCUGUAGACGGAUGGGCGUUGGAGCUACUUCCUCCAGAACACCGAGAAUACGCAUCGACAUGUCAAACAAUUGGAUUGAACAGCGGCUACUUCUUAUCAUUCACCGUGUUCCUGUCUUUCAAUUCGGCCGAGUUCUGCAAUCGGUUCAUAAGAAGCGAGCCUUCAGAGUUGGGCUUGUUGCAGUUGGGGUCCUACAUGCAAUUCUGGGGUCUGUUGAGUAUACUUGUCAGCCUUUGGCUGCUCGUGGUGAAGAAAGAGCAGCCCACUAAGGUGGACAUGACUGUACACGAGUCGUAUAGUCUUACUGGACUUCCCCUGUCAGAUAUUUCUGGGUAUUUGGGCCGCAAGGUGGUCCCGGGGUUCUCGGCCUACCCGUCCAUGGCUGUAUGCACAGGUAACUAUGUCUCUGCGCGUCUUUAA